AUGGCAAGAGUACAGGUUGUUCUCAAAUGGGGCCCCCACCGCUGCCUCCAAGAUAAAACUCCAUGUCCUCUUGUGCUCAACAACCAGCUGUGCACCAUACUGGCGUGUCAAGUAUCCUUCAUCCUGACAACUGACAACGGGAACCUCAGCACUGCCGAAGAUUGUGUGCUGGAGAUUGUGGUUGUCCACGUAGGCCAGAAAGCGUCUCCGCCAACUGAGAAAAGUGUCGGCGGUGCAAUUAGGCGGGAUUCUAGGCACAGGAGAGUUCUGACAAUUGUACCUCCCAGAGGCAAACCCGGCACCCCAGUACCGCCAUCAUGACUCACCCCGCCUGGCCACAUUGGCCUCACCGGUGCAGAUGAAGCCCCUCCAGGAGCAACUAGACCGUCGCCUCCUGAGCUGCUGCCGGCAGGUGCACCCGCAGACCGCCGCUGUGCUGCCCUAAGCUCCUCCGUCUCAGCUUUGGCCUCCUUCGUCUCAGCCUUGGCCUCCUCUAUAGCUCGUAGCGCCUCAUCCAACCUCGCGCUCAGAGUUGCGUCCUCCUCCGUUCCAGACAUAUCAAACUAAAACUCUAAACCCUCCCUGCUGUCCCAGCCUCGAAGUGCUGUCCCAGCUAUAAACCCUGCUGUCCCGGUCCCCGCAAUGGCCACCGCACCAGCUAUGCACUGCUGUCCUCGCCCCCUUUGGCCGCGAUCCCAGCUAUGAAAAUGGUGUCCGCUGCCCCGAUGGCCCAGCUCCCACCGCUCAGACGCCAGUACCCACCACCAACACCAGGACAUACAAUAUAUUGUGUUUGGGUGCGGUAGCUCG